CGCUGGCUGGAUAACAACAUGGUCUGGUUUUCUGUGCCUGCACUUCUAACUUGGCUUCUUCUUCAGGUGGUCUGGAGUCAGCCUGCUCCGGAGACGACUGAAAUAGACUUAGAUGGAGGAAUUGAUCAAGACAUCUUUGACAUCAAUGAAGCUUUAGGACUGAACCUUUUUGAGGGAGACAUCAAGCUUGAUGGGCUGCAGGGACGAAACUCCAUCAUUGGUGACAAUUAUCGGUGGCCGUACACUAUUCCCUAUGUCCUCGAAGACAGCCUGGAAAUGAAUGCUAAGGGCCUCAUCCUCAAGGCAUUUGAACAGUAUCGACUAAAAACCUGUAUUGACUUCAAACCUUGGGAAGGAGAGAAGGAUUACAUAUCUGUGUUCAAAGGAAGUGGUUGCUGGUCCUCAGUAGGAAACCGCCAACAGGGGCUGCAGCAGCUCUCAAUUGGAGCCAACUGUGACAGAAUUGGGACGAUUGAGCACGAGUUCCUGCAUGCACUGGGGUUCUGGCACGAGCAGUCGCGGUCCGACCGGGACGACUACGUGUCCAUAAUGUGGGACAGAAUUCAGUCUGGUUAUGAACAUAAUUUCAAUAAAUAUGAUGAUACAACAUCGGACUCCCUGAAUGUUCCCUAUGACUAUACUUCUGUGAUGCACUACAGCAAAACUGCAUUCAGGAAUGGCACUGAACCAACCAUCAUAACCAACAUACCAGACUUCACGGACGUGAUUGGACAGCGAAUGGAUUUCAGCGAUUAUGAUCUCCAGAAAUUGAAUCGGCUGUACAACUGCACCUCCUCCCUAAGCUUCAUGGACACAUGCAGUUUUGAACUUGAAAAUAUAUGUGGUAUGAUUCAAAGUUCAGAUGAUAACAGUGAUUGGCAGCGUUUGUCUCAGGUUCCUGCUGGGCCGAAUACUGAUCAUACCAAUAUGGGAGAAUGCGAAGAUUCUGGCUACUUCAUGCAUUUCAACACCAGCGCUGUAGGAGAGGGAAGCACCGCUGUCCUGGAGAGCCGAAUUCUGUAUCCCAAAAGAGGCUUUCAGUGCUUGCAGUUCUAUUUCUACAACAGUGGGCACGAAAGCGACCAGCUGUACGUCUGGGUCACGGAGUACACUUCGGACCACCCCAAUGGUACUUUGACACUCAUUGAAGAGAUAAGAGGCUCACCUGCGGAUUACUGGCAGCUCCAUCAUGUUUCUUUGAAUGUCACGAGUAAAUUCCGGGUUCUGUUUCAAGGCGUAAGAGGAACUGGUGUAUCAAACGGAGGCCUCUCUAUUGAUGACAUCAAUUUGUCAGAAACACAGUGUCCCCACCAUGUCUGGCAUAUCAGAAAUUUCACGCAUCUCCUCGACACAAGUCCUGAAGGGACAGCAGGAAGAAUAUACAGUCCACCUUUUUACUCUAGUGAAGGAUAUGCAUUUCAGGUGGGCUUGUAUGUAAAUGGCACCAGUGAUAACCCAUUUAAUUUGGCAAUCUACUUGCACUUGAUUUCUGGAGCAAACGAUGAUCAGUUGCAAUGGCCCUGUGCAUGGCUACAAGGUACCAUGAUUCUGCUGGACCAGCAUCCUGAUAUUCGUCAACGGAUGUCAAACCAAAGAAGUGUAACAACAGAUCCUCUAGCAUUAGAUUCCUCAUCAAAUUAUUUUUGGGAUAGACCAGACAAAGUGGGAUCAACAGCUUAUUUUCCCAAUGGAACUGCAUUCAUGAGAGGUCCAGGAAGUGGAACAAGUGCAUUCUUAACUCAUCAGAGACUUAGAAGCCGCGACUUUAUUAAAGAAGAUGGUGUUUAUAUUCUUUUAACAGUAGAAGAUAUAUCACAUCUACUGUCAACUCAGCCAAGUGCUUCACCCACAUUUGUUAUGAAUAAUUCCAGUGCCAACACUAUCAGGCCUACUUCCACCGCCACCAUCACUGCCACACCCACCACCAGCACCGCCACGUCCACCACCACCACCAAGCCCACCUCCAGCACCGCCACAUCCACCACCACCACCAAGCCCACCACCAGCACCGCCACGUCCACCACCACCAGCACCGCCACGUCCACCACCACCACCAAGCCCACCACUAGACUUACCACCACCACAACACCCAUCACAACAACCUCUGUCAUCCUGACUGAACCCCCAGUGACAGAUAUUCUGGAUUCCUGUUCAGACAACCCUUGUGAAAAUGAUGGCAUCUGCAUUAUUGUAGAUGAAGCACCUGUGUGCAGAUGUCCAGCAGGUGAUAAUUGGUGGUACAUGGGAGAAAAGUGUGAGAAGAAAGGCUCAACUCAAGAAAAUACUGUAAUAGCUGUUUCUUCAAGCAUAACUGUAUUUGUUGUUAUGCUUAUUGUCACUAUCACAAGCGUAGUGUGCCUUAAAAAGAAAUACAGCCAAGGAAAGGAAAACAGUGAGAACCUGACCCUAGAAGAAAGUAAAACAUCCUUCUGAAGAUACUGAAAACAAGUACCAAGGACUCAAGAUGGGCAUCACUGGAAAACGACAACCACAUCAUUAUUUUUCCUGUUAUCAUUAUUUCAGCCAUCAUGCUAAAGGUUUCUACAGUCUGGAAAAUAAAGCACCAUCUGGAUAAAA